UAUUUCCGGAAAUACAAGCGUUCAUUGAUCUGUCAAACAUAAAUAGGUUAGUUUACGUUUCAAUUUCGUUAAAAACCCAGUAAUGUAAUCAAAUCUAACCAAGAAAACGAUGGCAGGAUCUAUAGAAAUCCCUUUAAGGGACACCGAUGAGGUGAUUGAGUUGUGUUUGGAUCAAUUACCGGAUGGGGACGAGGUUUUAGGUAUUUUACGACAAGAACACACCCACUUAAACAUUUGGGUUAAUUUGGCGUUGGAAUAUUACAAGCAAGGGAAGAUAAAUGAUUUCAUUAAGAUUUUGGAUGCCUCAAGAACUGACGCGAAUGUUACAUAUCGUGAUUAUGAAAAGGAUCAAAUGCGAGCACUCGAUAUGCUCGCUGCAUAUUAUGUGCAAGAAGCUAAUCGAGAAAAAAAUAAAGAUAAAAAACGGGAGUUGUUUACAAAAGCUACUUUAUUAUACACAACUGCGGAUAAAAUUAUUAUGUAUGAUCAGAAUCAUUUAUUGGGAAGAGCUUAUUUCUGUUUACUGGAAGGCGAUAAAAUGGAACAAGCAGAUGCCCAAUUUAAUUUCGUUUUGAAUCAAUCCCCGAAUAAUAUUCCUUCGUUAUUAGGAAAAGCUUGUAUUGCAUAUAACAAAAAAGAUUUCCGCGGGGCUUUAGCUUUCUAUAAAAAAGCUUUAAGAACGAAUCCGAGUUGUCCCGCCGCCGUUCGAUUAGGAAUGGGACAUUGCUUCAUGAAAUUAAACAAUCAAGAUAAAGCUCGUUUAGCUUUCGAGCGAUCAUUAUCGCUUGAUCCGCAAUGCGUUGGAGCUUUAGUGGGAUUAGCGAUUUUAAAAUUGAACCAACAACAACCCGAAUCGAUAAGAAACGGGGUUCGAAUGCUUUCAAAAGCUUACACGAUCGAUUCUUCGAACCCGAUGGUUUUAAAUCAUUUAGCAAAUCAUUUUUUCUUUAAAAAGGAUUACAAUAAAGUGCAACAUCUUGCUUUACACGCAUUCCAUAACACCGAAAAUGAAGCGAUGCGAGCUGAAAGUUGUUAUCAAUUAGCAAGGGCUUUUCACGUACAGGGCGAUUAUGAUCAAGCGUUUCAAUAUUAUUAUCAAGCAACUCAAUUUGCUCCAGCCCCCUUUGUUUUACCCCAUUUUGGUUUGGGUCAAAUGUAUAUUUAUCGGGGCGAUUCCGAAAACGCGGCGCAAUGCUUUGAGAAAGUAUUAAAAGCCCAACCUGGAAAUUACGAAACCAUGAAAAUAUUAGGAUCUUUGUACGCGAAUUCAACCUCGCAAUCGAAAAGGGAUAUCGCAAAGAAUCAUUUAAAAAAAGUUACCGAACAAUUUCCGGAUGAUAUCGAAGCGUGGAUUGAGUUGGCUCAAAUUUUGGAGCAAUCCGAUUUACAAGGGAGUUUAAACGCGUAUGGAACUGCGAUUAAGAUAUUAAAAAAAGAUGUCCAAGCUGAGAUACCGACUGAGAUUUUAAAUAACGUUGGAGCGUUACAUUAUCGCUUAAAUAAUUUGGAUGAGGCUAAAAAGAAUUUGGAGGAAGCUUUAAUUCGGGCUAAAUCUGAAGCUGAACAUGAUCCCCAAUAUUAUAAUUCAAUUUCCGUCACAACGACUUAUAAUUUAGCGCGAUUAAACGAAGCUUUAUGCUUAUUCGAUAAAUCUGAGAAAUUAUACAAAGAUAUACUCAAAGAACAUCCUAAUUAUGUUGAUUGUUAUUUGCGAUUAGGUUGCAUGGCGAGGGAUAAAGGUCAAAUUUACGAAGCUUCUGAUUGGUUUAAAGAGGCUCUUCGAAUUAACACGGAACAUCCGGAUGCUUGGUCACUUUUAGGUAACUUACAUUUAGCUAAAAGCGAAUGGGGACCGGGUCAGAAAAAAUAUGAACGAGUUUUAAAGAACCCCGCCACUUCUCAAGAUUCGUAUUCGUUAAUUGCGUUGGGAAAUGUUUGGCUCCAAACUUUACAUCUACCCACUAAAGACAAAGAUCGCGAAAAACGACAUCAAGAUCGCGCUUUAGCCAUGUACAAACAAGUUUUAAAGAUUGAUCCGAAAAAUAUUUGGGCCGCUAACGGAGUUGGGUCGGUUUUGGCGCAUAAAGGAUGUGUUAAUGAAGCUCGUGAUAUUUUCGCGCAAGUUCGUGAAGCGACCGCCGAUUUUUGUGACGUUUGGUUGAAUAUUGCGCAUAUUUACGUCGAGCAGAAACAGUUUGUUAGCGCGAUUCAAAUGUACGAGAAUUGUUUGAGGAAGUUUUAUAAAUAUAAUCACGUCGAGGGACUUCAAUAUUUAGCGAGAGCUUAUUUCCGAGCGGGGAAAUUAAAAGAGGCCAAAAUGGUUUUCUUAAAAGCGAGAAGGGUUGCACCUCAAGAUACUGUCCUUUUAUAUAACAUUGCGUUGGUUUUACAAAGAUUAGCCACUCAAAUACUUAAAGAUGAGAAAUCGACUCUUCAAACUGUGCUACAAGCUGUUCAUGAAUUGGGAUUAUCAUUAAAAUAUUUCAGUUAUUUAGCAGUUGACGGUGAACGAAUGCGUUACGAUGUAAAUUUAGCCGGAUUAGAAGCAAGACAAUGUCAAGAUUUACUAUCUCAAGCUCAAUACCACGUAGCAAGAGCACGAAGAGUCGACGAAGAAGAGCGACAACUUCGUCGUAAACAAGACGAAGAAAGAACAGCUUUUAAAAUGAAACAACUUGAAGAACAAAAACGUUUAGAGGAAGAAAAGAAAGCUAAUAAGGAAAAAAUGUUACUAGUCCGUCAAGAAUACAAAGAAAAAACUAAAAACGCCAUGAUGUUUUUAGAGAUGCCACCAGAUCGUUCUGCCAAAAAAGGUGGAAGAAGUCGAAAAGAUCAAUACGUCAGCGAUUCCGGAAGUGAUGCAGGUGAUGUUAACCGCGUAGAAAGAGAAAAAAUGCCCAAAAAACGAAAACGAUCGGGAGACCGAAAAGAUUAUAAAAGAAAAAGCGGAGGUAGAACGAAAAGAGGUGGACGCGGAGGUCGAUCAGAUUCCGAUUCUGAUCGUCCGAAAUCAAAACGAAGCAAAAGACGCGAUAAGACAAAGAGGAAAGAAGACGGCGAAGAUGGACUCACGGCAAAACAAAAAAGUAGAAUCGUUUCAAAAGCAACAAUUUCAACGAGCGAAGAUGACAGCGACGAUGACAAACUUAAAAUUGCUUCCGGUGCCGAAAGUGGAGAUGAUCGCUGGGGAACCUCAAAAGGUAGGAAACGAAGAAUUUCUUCGUCCAGUUCGAGAAGUCGAAGCAGAAGUCGAUCUAAAAGUGCGAGGAGAUCCCGAAGUCGAUCAAAAUCUGGUUCAAGAAGUCGAUCUAGAUCACAAAGCGGUUCAAGGUCAAGAUCUGGAUCUAGGAGAAGUGGAUCAAGAUCUCAAAGUCGAUCGAAAAGUAGGUCUAGAUCUAGAUCGCAUUCAAGAAGUCAUUCAAGAUCGAAAAGUAGAUCAAGAUCAAAAAGUAGGUCGAGAUCAAAAAGUAGAUCGAGAUCUAAAAGUAGAUCGAGAUCUAAAAGUAGAUCGAGAAGUCGAUCUUCGAAAAGUGGUUCAAGAAGUAGAUCACGUUCGAAAUCUAGAUCAAGAUCUAGAAGUGAAUCGGGAUCGAGAAAAUCGAAAAGUAAAUCGAGGAGUAGAUCUAGAAGUGGAUCGGAACAUUCUAGAAGCCCAAGUCCGAAUAGAAGUGGGAAUGAAAGUAAUUAAUGUUAAUAUUUACUUUUGGGUUUGUAUCAUAAAGUUUAAUAAAGAUUAGGUAUUGUUAAAUAUAGUUUGU